AUGGGCCCUGUUUUGGCCCGCUACGGGUUCACGCCCGACAAGAAAGGAAGCACCGAGCUCAGGGCAGUGAUCGCUGACCUGGCCAAUCAGAGCAAGGAGAUCAGGCUCAUGAAUACCGAGAUUCAGAAGCUUGUGAUCAGCAACUUCCCGGAUCUUCGUGGUGACAAGGUGCCGCUCCAGAAGUCGGGGACGCCAGGGAGCACCGCUGCCAGCACCGCCCCGCCAUCAGCCGAUGAAGAGGAGCCUUCCGGAGAAUCACCGGUCAGCGAUGGUUCGAGGCCCGAAGAAUGCGUGGGAGUUGUUGGGAGCCAGGCCUGUCGUAACAUCCCGCAAACGGAAGUUAAAGGGAGCCUGAUGAUUAGCCUAGGCAAUAGCCUUAGAUGCUGA